CAGACUGUUUGUUUCACAGGUCCAGAAGUUCCUUGAAAGGCACCAGAGUGAGACACAGGUGAGUCGAUGUGACCGGUGUGAGAUGGACGGAGGAAGCAAGCACGAACCAGAGACCAAGCCUCCAUUUUUGGGAGUAAAGGAGAAGAGGAGGAAUAUGAAGAGUGCUAAGGAAAGAAGUACAGAUGUUGUAGAAGAAGAGAGUUCUAAUUCUCUGUGCAGUUUAGACGCAGAGAGGAGGAAGUGUAGUCAGCCUGGUGCCUCCUUCAGCUCUCCUGCUGGGACUGUGGAUAGUGAGAGGGAGAAGAAAGAAGAGGAGGAGGAGGAGGAGGAGGAGAAGGAGCAGCCCGAUAGACAGUUCAAAUUUCUAGAAAUUCCUGAUUUCCUCCUGUCUGAUGCACCUGAAGGCAACAGUGAGUUGAGAACGAAAGAUGGACAGAAGCCAAAGAAGAAGAAGAAGAAGAAGAAGAAGCGAGGGAGGAAGCAGCAGGUCCCAGCAGAGAUGGCAGCUAAACCGGAGCUGGCUAAAUACUGGGCUCAACGCUACAGACUCUUCUCUCGCUUCGAUGAAGGGAUCAGGCUAGACCGAGGUCAGUCUGCACUCUACAUGCAUGCCUAUAAAUGUGUUGUGGAAGUCUGUAUCAGAUCCAGUUCUGGAUAAUUCUCAUG